AAGAAAUCAUCAAGACACUUCCUUUCACUGAUCCUUCGAUCCAUUCCUAGCUUUCGCUCUUAUGGAAGAUUCUGGAGUGAAUCCAAUGGAUUCACCAUCUAAAGGCAGUGAAUUUGGAGUCUAUGGAAUCAUAGGAGGCGUAAUCGUGGCUUUACUUGUACCAGUGUUACUCUCUGUGUUGUUGAAUGGAAGCAAAAAGGGGAAAAAGAGAGGUGUUCCGAUCAAAGUAGGCGGCGAGGAAGGUUACACGAUGCGUCAUGCUCGUGCUCCUGAUUUGGUUGAUGUACCUUGGGAAGGAGCUACUACUAUGCCUGCUUUGUUUGAGCAGUCUUGUAAGAAGUAUUCGAAAGAUCGGUUACUUGGGACUAGAGAGUUUAUAGAUAGGGAAUUUGUUACUUCUAGUGAUGGGAGGAAGUUUGAGAAGCUUCAUUUAGGAGAGUAUAAGUGGCAAACUUAUGGAGAGGUUUUUGAACGUGUUUGUAACUUUGCUUCGGGGUUAGUGAAUGUUGGACAUAAUGUUGAUGAUCGUGUUGCUAUCUUUUCGGAUACUCGAGCUGAGUGGUUUAUCGCGUUUCAGGGGUGUUUCAGGCAGAGCAUAACUGUUGUUACUAUUUAUGCUUCUUUAGGAGAAGAGGCUUUGAUUUACUCACUCAAUGAGACUCGAGUAUCAACCUUGAUAUGCGACUCGAAACAACUUAAGAAGUUGUCUGCGAUAAAAUCAAGCUUGAAAACUGUGAAGAACAUUAUUUACAUUGAAGAAGAUGGAGUAGAUGUUGAUUCUAGUGACUUAAAUAGUAUGGGUGACAUCACUGUUUCGUCGAUCUCUGAAGUUGAGAAACUGGGGCAGAAGAACCAUGUUCCACCGAUCUUACCUUCGAAGAAUGGAGUUGCUGUUAUAAUGUUUACCAGUGGUAGUACCGGUCUACCAAAGGGAGUUAUGAUUACCCACGGAAAUCUUGUCGCAACUGCUGCAGGAGUUAUGAAGGUGGUUCCGAAGCUGGAUAAGAAUGAUACAUAUAUUGCAUACUUACCUUUGGCUCAUGUGUUUGAGCUGGAAGCUGAGAUUGUGGUCUUUACCUCAGGUAGUGCCAUCGGUUACGGCUCAGCAAUGACUUUAACUGACACUUCAAAUAAAGUUAAGAAAGGAACCAAAGGAGAUGUUUCGGCUCUAAAGCCAACUAUAAUGACUGCAGUUCCAGCUAUUCUGGAUCGUGUCCGAGAAGGAGUUCUAAAAAAGGUUGAGGAAAAGGGAGGGAUGGCAAAGACCCUUUUUGACUUUGCAUACAAGCGCCGGUUAGCAGCUGUGGAUGGAAGUUGGUUUGGUGCCUGGGGUUUGGAGAAGAUGUUAUGGGAUACUCUUGUCUUCAAGAAAAUACGCGCUGUGCUUGGAGGACACAUCCGAUUUAUGCUCUGUGGAGGAGCUCCUCUAUCUCCUGAUUCGCAACGCUUCAUCAAUAUCUGCAUGGGGUCUCCCAUCGGCCAAGGAUAUGGAUUGACUGAAACGUGUGCUGGAGCUACGUUUUCUGAGUGGGACGAUCCUGCUGUUGGCCGUGUGGGACCUCCACUUCCAUGCGGCUAUGUUAAGCUCGUUUCUUGGGAAGAAGGUGGCUACAGAAUUUCAGACAAACCAAUGCCCAGAGGGGAGAUUGUGGUGGGUGGUAACAGUGUAACAGCAGGUUACUUCAACAAUCAAGAAAAAACCGAUGAGGUUUACAAGGUCGAUGAGAAGGGCACGAGGUGGUUUUACACCGGAGAUAUUGGGAGAUUCCACCCUGAUGGAUGUCUUGAAGUUAUUGACAGAAAGAAAGAUAUUGUUAAACUUCAACACGGGGAAUAUGUAUCCCUUGGAAAGGUGGAGGCAGCUUUAAGUUCGAGCAAUUACGUUGAUAACAUCAUGGUACACGCAGACCCAAUGAACAGCUACUGUGUAGCUCUUGUUGUUCCAUCACGACGAGCAUUAGAGAAAUGGGCAGAGGAAGCAGGAGUUAAACACAGUGACUUCGCCGAGCUAUGCGAGAACAGUGAAGCAGUCAAGGAGGUUCAACAAUCUCUUACCAAGGCCGGAAAGGCGGCAAAGCUCGAAAAAUUUGAACUUCCAGCAAAGAUCAAGUUGCUGCCGGAGCCGUGGACACCAGAGUCGGGAUUAGUCACAGCUGCUCUUAAGAUAAAGAGGGAACAAAUAAAGUCCAAGUUCAAAGAUGAUCUCAACAAGUUGUAUGCCUAAAAACUUUUAUUGGACAUGUGACAAACUCCAUAUACUUCAGUUUGACUUUCCACACUUUGUUAUUAUCUACAAUAAACUUGGAGUUUUUCU